AUGUAAUGCUUCCGCCAUAUUGUCGAGGCAGAAGAAGUUGAAUACUUCGCCUUAUCGGUCCAACAUCUCGGAGAGCUGAGGGCGAUCUAAGCCUCCAUGGACGAGAGACGAUCGUCGGGCAGGGCAAAACGACAGAAGCCCAUUGAAGAGGGGUCAUGGGACUGCAGUGUAUGCACUUUCCAGAACCCCGCCGAAGCAUAUAAAUGUGAAAUGUGUGACGUAAGGAAAGGAACUUCUACCAGAAAACCAAGGUUGAAUGCGCAGAUUGCCGCCCAACAGGUAGCACAACAGUAUGUGCCGCCGCCGCCACCCCCUAAAAGGGAGAAGACUUCGUUUAAGUCGGAUGAGUAUAUAAACGAUUCAUCGAACGACAGCUGUGAUGUGAAAUCUGUUAGCAAUACAAACUCACAAAGUGUAGAAAAUCUCCACACAACCGCCACCACCCCAACCCCUACCCCGACAAAUAAUCACGUGGUCAUCAAAAAGGAGAAAAACCUCUCUCAUUCCAAAAAAUCGGCAAGGUCGACUCCCAAGAUUGACAGGAGCAGCGCGGAAACCAUGUCUGUGACUGUCGGUAGCGUGACUGUGGUGAUAACAGACUACAAACCGAAAGUAGACAAAAAGACGUCAUCGUCGUCUGCGGACUUACAUCAGCAUGUGACGUCAGACAGUAGUAACUGUUCCGUGCUAAGCGGCAUCAAUCGCCAUGCAGAUGACUUCGUGGGGAACGGGAGCAGUCACUGAUGCUGAUUUUUCUCAUUAUAUCAUGAGAGAGAGAGAGAGAGAGAGAGGGGAAUGUCGAGUUUUUAAAACUGCAAGAAAUCUUUUAUUUUAACCAAAAAGACGACACAUAUCAUAUUUGUAUGAAAGCAUCGGAUGUUUUACGUACUUCAUACGCAGAGCCAUCAUUUUCCGAAUCUCGCCACAACCAACAUAAUACGGCGUUGUUGAGCGGAGUCCUUGCUCUCUUUCUUUGAUUGCCAGUGCUAACAAUGUAGUGUCAAAAGCGAUCAUCUUCUUUUUCAUCGUUUUUAUGAAUGAAAAGACAGGAUUAGUCACAAUAAUGGUAUUCUCUUUAUCAAUUAGAUUCUAUGAUAAUGUUGUGGUGAGAUCUUUUUUUAUUUGGGAUUUAUUUAUGUAAUUUUAUCUUACAGAUGCGCAUGAUAAGCCAAUGAGGAGCUAUUUAUUUGUGUGCUAUUUGUGCAAAGCACUUACUUGUGUCAAUCAUCUUUUCAUUUUCUGGAGUGCCAACACACAUACUUAUGUGCACCUAAAUCAAAUUUUGAUUAUCAAUUUCUUAUGAUAGAUACGUACAAUUCACAUAAGGGGGCAAAAUGUCAAGACAUGCAAAAAAUACUGUCCAUUCUCAUUUUUCAUUGCCAUUAAUUUAUCUCUGUAAUCCAGAGUUUAAACUAAAAUCUUGAAAAGCUUUAUGAUGAAUUUACAUGUAUAUUGCUUUAUCUAUGGAUGAGUAUCGCAUCAUUAAGUCUGAUGCAGAGUUACUGAAGAAAUCGACGGAACUACUAAGUCACUGCAACAGUGACUAAGGUCUAACUGAAAGCAAUGGUUUGAGGAAAAUAUGAUUGAACUGCAGAAGAAGUUUAUUUUAAUAAAAUUGUAAAUUGCUGCUUGCCAUGUUAACCGACUUGACACAAAAAGGCAGUGAGUGGUUUUGUAAGCGUCUUAAGAUUGCAGUUGUUUCAAUGAAAUUAGAUUCAAAUUUAAACUGGAGGGACUUUGAACUUAUGCUGUAUCGGAAUCCAUUGUCACUCCUAGGUAGUUGAACUGAAUAUUUGUAAACGGGGGAACUAUUUAAAGAAAGAGAAAAGGAAGGGGUAGCCAAUCACUGAAAUUAUGUGCUGAUAUAUAUAUUCAACCAAUCGUGUUUUGUAUUUAAUGUGUGCAUGGGGUUGUAUUUUUUUUUUUUUUUGUUACAAUGUAUUCAUGGAUACUAUGAACUUGCACACGGUUUAGUAAAUACUAGAAAGAAUAUUUAUGAUUCAUUGUAAUUUAUGUUUUUGAUAAGACUUUUCCCCCAACAAGUUGAUGAAUAUAUCAUGCUGUAAAUUUUGAAUUUACUGGAUGGUUGUAAAUACAAAAUUUACAAUCAAAAUUUACUACAUGGCAAAUACAUGUAUAUGUAUGAAAUUUUUUUUUCGUUUUCAUAGCUUUAUUGAAUGAAAGAUCGAACGGUGAAUACUUGUUGUAAAGAUAGAGAAAUGUAUGCAUGUACUGUGUGUCUCCGGAGAUACUCAUUUAACAUGAAUGAUUUAUAUAAAUUAUGAAUAUAAUG